AUUUUUGCUGUAGUUUUGGCCAACUCGAGGGGUAGUUUUGUGUGUUUUGGUUGUGGGAGGAGGAGAAGCCGGGACAAGCCAAUUUUUUUUCCUUCUCCCAUGGCAGUGCAAAAACGGCAGCGGCUUUUGCCGGCUUCUCCAUAUAAGCCAUUUUGGUUUUUGCCGUUUGGCAGGGGCUCGGCAUGAGCCGGUGAAUAAGCCGGAGCUAAAAUCUUGCCAAAUGGCAACUUAGCUUAUGUUUAGAGCUGUUAUGGAUGAUCUAGCUUGGUUAAAAAUUUCUAUAGCCAGUUGAACCUAGCUAAAUUCAGCUAAAGUGAUAAAAAAUCAAAUUGUUCCUCCACCUUCCUCGAGAAAAGUAUUUAAUGCGGGAGUGAUGGAUACAAGAGAUAAAUAUCUUUUUAGCUACCGAGAAUCCAAACCUAAACUUUAGCCAGGUAAAAGAAAGCUCAUCCUGUCAUGCGCCCUCUCGUCGUCCUCCUCUGCUAUUUAUAAACCCCACCCUCUCCCUCGCCGCUCAAACAGCAGAGGCACGGAAGAGUCGGUCAGAGACACAUCCGCCGCACCCAGAACAGAACACAGGCAGAAGCAGGAAGAUGAAGGUGGAGGUGCUGGAGACGACGCUGGUGACGCCGAGCGAGGCCACCCCUCGGCACGCGCUGCGGCUCUCCAACCUCGACCUCGCCGUGCCCAAGACCCACACGCCGCUCGUCUACUACUACCCCAAGCCCCCUGCCGGACCCGACGCCGGCGCCGAGGGCGGAUCCCCCUUCUUCGAGCCGGCACGGCUGCGGGACGCGUUGGCCCGGGCGCUGGUGCCGUUCUACCCGCUGGCGGGGCGCCUGGCGGCCGGCCCGGGGGGCCGGAUCGAGAUCGACUGCACGGGCGAGGGCGCGCUCUUCGCCGUCGCCCGCGCCGACUUCGCCGGCGACGAGGUGUUCCGGGACUUCGAGCCGUCCCCCGAGGCGCGCCGCCUGCUCGUGCCCUUCGCCGAGUCCGGCGAGCCGCCCUGCGUGCUCGCCAUGGUCCAGAUCACCUUCCUCAAGUGCGGCGGCGUGACGGUGGGCACGGGCAUGCACCACGUGACGAUGGACGGCGCCGGCGCGUUCCAAUUCAUCCGUACAUGGACGGCGCUGGCGCGCGGGGAGUCCCCGCCCACGGUGCCGCCGUUCCACGACCGGACCCUGCUCCGGUCGCGCUCCCCGCCGCACGUCCCCUUCGAGCACCCGGUCUACUCCCCGUGCUACCUCAACGGCGCGCCGCGGCCCUUCGUGACGCGCGUCUACGCCGUCCCGCCCAAGCUCCUCGCCGACAUCCGGUCGCAGUGCGCGCCGGGGGCGUCCACCUACUGCGCGGUGACCGCGCACCUGUGGCGCGCCAUGUGCGUCGCCAGGGGCCUCCCCGCCGACGGCGACACGCGGCUCCGGGUGCCCGCCAACAUCCGGCAGCGCCUCCGCCCGCAGCUUCCCGCGGCCUACUUCGGGAACGCGAUCGUGCGGGACCUGGUGACCGUGAAGGUCGGGGAAGUGCUGUCGCAGCCGCUGGGCUUCGUGGCGGAGCGGAUCAAGCGCGCGGUGUCCCGCGUGGACGACGCGUACGUGCGGUCGGUGAUCGACUACCUGGAGGUGGAGUCGGAGAAGGGAAGCCAGGCGGCGCGCGGACAGUUCAUGCCGGAGUCGGACCUGUGGGUGGUCAGCUGGCUGGGCAUGCCCAUCUACGACGCCGACUUCGGGUGGGGGCGCCCGGGGUUCGUGGCGCCGGCGCAGAUGUUCGGCAGCGGCACGGCGUACGUGACGCAGGGGCCCGACAAGGACGACCCCAUCAAGGUGCUCUUCGCGCUCGAGCCCGAGUACCUGCAGACCUUCGAGAAGGCCUUCUACGGGGAGUGACCGCCGCGCCGCGGCGCCGGCCUAGCUGCGGUGGCGAGGCCUACAGAGGAGUAGGAGAGGCAGCCCCCUGUGGUGCCGUGGUGGUGACUUCGAUCGUGUGGAGAUGGAUCGGCACGGAGCCGGUCCGGUAGGUGUGCAUCUGUUGAUGUCUGUAUCAUAAUAUGUUUGGGGAUGCUACUGCAUGCUUACUGUGACGCUGUCUUGGAUGUCUGUAUAAGUGUGAUAAGGUGCUUGGUUCCAGUUUUAUAGUACGCCAAUUCACCAAUCAAUCUGUCCAAGUGUCUGUAUAAUAAAAGGAAAAAAAUGUAUUAAAAUGCUUGGCUGCAAGAGGACUGUAGCUUCGAAUA